CAUUUAGUCAUCCCAAAAAUGUAGAAAAAGCUAUUGAUGCAGCUAAACAAGUUGAGAGUGGUCAAUAUUAUGAACAGCAAUCCCCUAUACCAACUCAACCAAGUGGAAGCAAUAAUGCUAUCAAUAAUCUUACUAAACAAAUGGAACAGUUAUCCUUAAACUAUGCAACUCUUUCCAAUGCAUUAUCUGCACAACUGGAAGGAAAACCUGAAAGAAGAAAGCCAAAAGAUGAUAGAAAUCCUACAAAAGAUGACGAACUAGAACAAGUUCUAGACGAUUAUAAGAAAGAGGAACUUAGCAAAAUUGAAGCGUAUAUGGCAGACAGUCAAGAAGAAUAUGAGGAGGAAACUGACCUUCUACCCCUCGACUAUAACCCCUGGAAUGAAGAAAAUCAUGUCUAUUUAACUCUAGCAUUUAAGGAAAAAUUUGAGGCUAAUCUGGUAGUAUUUCUUGCUGAAACCUUUAAAGAAAAUAUUUGGAAAAUUAAG